CGAAAUGAAGGCAAGUGGAAAGGAAAAAAGUUAGAGAGAGAGAGAGAAAUGAGAAUUUUCGCAUGAAAGUUGGUACCAUAAUUCAAUAAAUGGUCUGAAAUUCUCUCACAAACACGCACGAAUUCACAGCUGUUCAGCUACCUACCCGCCUCUCUCCUUCUUCUUUGUCGACCCAGGUGAAGUGUGGAGAACAUAACUUCACACUAUCAGCAUGUUCCGCCGCAAAAAUUCUAAUCACGAGCAAGGGGAAGAUGAUCAGGCGAAGAAGGUUAGUGAACUAAAGACUUCUCUUGGGCCACUAUCAGAGCGCAACUUGCAGUACUGCACUGAUGCGUGCUUAAAGAGAUAUUUGGUAGCAAGGAGAUUUAACGUAGGUAAGGCAAAAAAGAUGCUUGAAGAGACACUGAAGUGGAGGUCAUCAUUCAAACCUGAAGAAAUUCGCUGGGAGAGAAAGCAUGGAGAAAUUUAAAUCUAUAUAAAAAAUAUUACAACAACAACAACAACCCAGUUAAAUCCCACAAGAGUAGGGUCUGGGGAGGGUGUGUGUACGCAGACCUUGCCCCUACUCGAAAGUAGAGAGGCUGUUUCCAAAGAGACCCCCGGCUCAACGUCGAAAGUUGCAUUGCUUGACUAACUGCUACUUCAUUAAUUAAAGAAGCGCAGACAGUUUAGAGAUCCAUUUUGAUUUAUUCCAUCACACCCCAAAGCCAAAAAAUGGUGAAAUUUUGG